UGUUUAGCAAAAUGUAUUAAGUAUUUCACUUCCUUUCACGAAAUUCAUGUUUUAUGGAUUCGAUUUGAUCGCGAAGAACUCCCAGAGAGGCUCUAAGCUUUCAAAUGUUGAGAAACAUAUCUCUAAUACGAGCUCCACUCAGGUCUCUUCCUCAAGCUUUCCUUUCAUUGUCGCACUCUUGGUUGUGUUCAAGCCCAGUUCAUAUAUCCUCCAGAGUUUCUGUCGUUCAAUCGUCUUCGAUUUCUUUUAACCCCUCCAUUCCUGCAUCUUCUAUUCUUUAUUCUCCCUUCUCCAAUUCUUCGAGACGGAAAAAUGAGGUUAAACACGAUAGCGAUUUCGUCUACAAUCGAGACCCAGAAAGACCUCCCAAGCUGUUCGUUGUCCAACCUCGUAUUCGGCCUGAUACCCUCUUACAGGCGAAGCUCUCUGAAGCCCUAAACCUUGCCAAUUCUCUCGAAGAGCAGCGAGAUGGAGAACCCGGCGGUGAAUAUGGCAAGCGGGAGCUGCCGCCACAUCUUCUUGUUCAGAACCCAGCCGCCAGGUCUACUAAGGCACACGCAGACACAUAUUUUGGACCUGGAACUGUGGAGACAGUGAAAUGUCAUCUAAAUGCUGCAGAAUCCGAGGAAGAGUUGGAUGCAGUGUUUGUAAAUACCAUCCUUUCAGGGAUUCAGCAGCGAAAUUUGGAGCGUGCUUGGAGCAAACCUGUUUUGGAUCGUGUGGGUCUUAUAAUAGAGAUAUUCAAUGCACAUGCCCAAACAAAGGAAGCAAUGCUACAGGCAGAACUUGCAGCUCUUAUGUACAAGAAAACUAGGCUUGUCCGUGUAUGUGGCACAGAUGGACGUCUUACUUUUGGUGCAGAUGGAGAGGCUGAAGUUGUUAGUGCUCGAGGGAGAGGAAGUGGGGGACGUGGUUUCAUUAGUGGUGCUGGAGAGACAGAACUCCAACUUCAACGUCGAAGAAUCCUAGAGCGGCGGAAUCAUUUACUAUCCCAAAUUGAAGAAGUCCGUCGAACUCGAGCAGUGCACCGUGCUGCUCGCAAGAGGCGUGGAGGCUUAAAUGGUCAAGGCUUAGUAACUGUCGCAGUUGUUGGGUACACAAAUGCGGGGAAGUCAACUUUAGUUAGUGCUCUUUCAGACAGUGAUUUAUACAGUGAUGACAGAUUAUUUGCAACAGUGGAUCCUCGAUUAAGAAGUGUAAUUCUUCCUUCAGGGAGGAAAGUGCUUCUUAGUGAUACAGUUGGGUUUAUCUCAGAUUUACCCGUGCAGUUAGUGGAAGCAUUUCAUGCUACUUUGGAAGAAGUAGUGGAAGCAGACCUUCUGGUGCAUGUACUAGACUCGACUGCAGUCGAUCUGGAGGACCAACGGUCAAUUGUACUUGAAGUACUGCAGCAGAUAGGGGUCUCUGAGGAUAAGCUUCAGAAUAUGAUUGAAGUUUGGAAUAAGGUAGAUCUCCUAGAGAAGGAAGCUGGAGCUGACAAAUAUCUGGGUGAAGGAGAGGAUGAUGAAGUUUCUAGUUUCUCAGAAGCUGGGGAGGAUGAUGUAGUGUCUGAAAUGUCACCCAGUGAGUCCAUUGACGAGGAUGAUGGUGCAUCUGAGCUGUCAUCUCCUGAGAGUGUACAACCUUUGGGUGAUGAACAGGGUGAUGGCAUGGAGGAUUUGGAGACUCGGGAUGAGCAUCAAGGGGAGUCCCCUGAAGCCUGGAAAACCACGUCUAAUCCAGGCUCUGAAUUUCAAGGUCUUCAACAUGUGGAAACAUCUUCUAUCACGGGAGUUGGGUUGCAAGAGUUGCUAUACCUCAUUGACGAGAAACUAAAGAUACAGAAAACAGUGAAAAGGGAGACCUUAGAUCGUAAAUGGAGACCACCUCGUUCUGAGGACACUGGUACAGCAGUUGAACUCUAGUGGCCUGUAGACACAGUUGAAUAUUCUGCCUUGAAGAGUUGUACAGUUUAAAAAGGUGCCAAGAUGGUUGAAAAACCUAUAUGCACAUGGCUAUCCAACAAUGCUGGAGGAACUCCUGCUACUGCUAGGCUUCAGUUAUUUUUGCUGAAUUUUUCUCGUUUAAGAGGGGAAGUUUUUAAAGUAACAUAAACUAUUACUAUCUCAUGAGUUUGUUACCGUAAGAAACAAAUAAUUUGAUUGCUAGUUUAUAUGCGACUGCAAUCUAAGAGUAUCGACUGCAGUACAUGUCUACUUUGCCUGUAGAAUACGUUAAAAUAAAAUUUUUGAUGGAAUGAAUCAAAUACCAUUUGCAA